GACGCAACUGAUUUCCUUGCAAAUCCACACCGGACAAUUCAAGGGCUCGGGUCCAAUUUAGAAGCUUCGUCUUUGGUGCUUUUCUGUAGGGCAGCGCAAAUGGCGAUGAUGUCUCUCAGGUAUCAGAGCGCCUGCCAAUACACCGUCGCCGGCAGGGGCCGGCGUGCGGUCGUGCCGGUCCGCGCUGUGUCAGAAGCACCCGCCGGCGACACCGCCGUUGCUAGCACGUCGGCGCCUGCUGGACAGGCCUUCCGCAAUGGGACCGCGCCGCGCCGCAUGCAGUCCGCUCAGGGCCCGGCGCGUCGGUCGCGUGGCGGGAGCCAGGGCGAUCAGCAGCAGGCAGACGUGGCGGGUGCGGCGCGUCGCGGGGCUUCACGUGCUACCAGCAAGGAGCGCUGGCCCGGAGUGGCAUUUCUGGAUGACGAUGCGGGCGCGGCGGAGAGCUCAGCCCGCGCGCUGUUCCGGCGCCACAUGGCCUCAGCCGAGGCCGCCGGCAACAUCGUUGUGCGCUCACUGGGCCGCAGCGGCGCCCUGGGCGCUGUCAGGUUCCUUACUGCCCUGCGCCGCGAGGGCCAAGCCGCAGAGCCGCCGGUGGACGUGCGGGUGCGGGUGCUGAAGCAGGAGCCCAUUAGCGGCGGCUUCGGCGCGCCGCUGCUCAUGUUCGUGGAGCGCGUGGCGGCGGGGGCGGACCAGCUUCCAGAGGUGACGGUGCCCGCGGCCAACGGCAGCGAGCCCCAGCAAGCACGGGUGGCGCCGGAGGGGCCGCUGCAGGCCUCACUCUUGGUGUCUCGCGCGAGUGACCCAGAGCGCCUGGAGCGGGCGCUGUACUCGGUCGUCAACGGGCUGCAGCCUGGGCAGUUCGUGGCCGUCAACAUGGUGGGCUCCGCCACACUGCUGCUGGGCCUGCAGUCGCUGGUGAACGCCCGCACCAGCAUGGGCGCCCGGGGCCGCGACAUAUACUUCGUGCCCACCGUCACCAGCCAGCCCCUUCGCCAGAGCAGCACCCCGGCCCCCGCCGCCGCCUCCAGCACCCCUGCCACGGACGGCGAGCAGCCGGCGGCUGAGGUGAAGGCGCCAGCGGCUGAUGCCGCCGCUGCCACCUCUGAUCCCCAGAUGGUUGAGGUGGUGCGGCUGUUCGUGGGCGUGAGCCGCCCUGCGCAGCCGCGACGUGACGCGGCAGCCAGGGCCUCCGCACCUGCACCGGCGGCCAGCGAGGCUGCGCAGCCCUCGCCGUCGGUGGGCUCGGAGCAGGUGCCAGAGGCGCCUGCGGCGCAGGCGCAGCCGCAGCAGGUGACUGUGCCGCUGUCGGAGCUGGAGUCGCUGCGCAGCGCGCUGAGCACCAUGAUGCAGCAGCAGCAACAGCUUGAGGCGCUGCUCAGGGACCGGCAGCAGAGGCAGCAGCCGCAGGCGUCACAGCAGUAAGAGUAGGGCCAAAAUCAGCAGGUGGGCAGUAGACCGCUAUGGCAGCAGGGGUAGGUCCCGCCGGGAGUGGUAUGGGUUGAUGGCAAACCCGAUACGGUACGCAAUGUGGUAUACAACUAGGGGGCCCAGGCAGGCACUGCCAUACCGCAGGCCAUGCCUUUGGAGGGGGGUCAGGUUUGGUGCAGGCAUCGCGGAGGUGGUGCGGAGUGGUUUCAGGUCUUCGGGCAUGCAUCUGGCAUUGAUUGUAAGUUUUGCGGAUGUGCGUGCGGGAGGAGGGCUGCCGGCUGUGGCGCUGCGCUCUGGAAUGCUGAUGUUUGCAACUCGCAUGCGACCCGCCAGUCUCAAUCGCCGACGUGGGUGCUGCACACCUGGACGCAGCUAUGCCGCAAAGGGCAUAGCAUACUGAGUAGGUUGCGCGGACUGAGGGUGACGAACACGCAUGUAAUUGUCCGGACAA